GGAAAAAGGUUGUGGGGUGGAUUACCAAGUAGAACACAGACAGCUGAGCUCAGCCAACAUGUAGAGCUACAGAGAGAGAGAGAGAGAGAGAGGGACUGAAGAUCCACAUUUUGAGAGAAAGGUUGUAAAAGGAGCGGUGAAAUAUUCAGACAUGCCCAGAGGCCUAGGCUGCCUGGCGAGCCCUGAGGGGGCAGGCAGCAGGUACGAGACCCCCCCGGCUUCAGAGCUCCAGAGGCUGAUGUGGACAAAGAGAGACAGCAACAACCACCUGGACGAGGUUCAGCCGCGGAUCUACAUCGGAGACAUGUACGCAGCCAAAGACAAGAGGACACUCCAAGCUCACCGCAUCACUCAUGUGCUUAACGCCGCUGAUGGCAAGUUCAACGUGAACACGGGCCAGAGCUUCUACAGAGACACAAAUAUCACUUAUCAUGGAGUGGAAGCGUUUGACAUGCCGUCCUUUGACUUGAGUCCCUUCUUUUACCAAGCCGCCAAUUUCAUCAAGAACGCUUUAAGCUCACCCACAGGAAGAGUGUUUGUCCACUGCGCCAUGGGCCUCAGCCGCUCAUCCACUCUGGUCCUGGCCUAUCUCAUGAUCCACAACGACAUGACGCUGGUGGACGCAAUUAAAGCCGUCAGCGCCAACAGAAACAUCUCACCCAACGCCGGUUUCCUGGAGCAGCUCAGAAAACUGGACAAACAGCUGCACUGCCGAGAGUCGUCCAGGAGCUCAUACAAUGGACGGACCUGAGAUAAAAAUCGACCUUGAGCCACUGGAAUACGGCAUUGUUUCAGCCGUCACUAUAACGUAAAGAAACAUGUCUUUAUAUUUAAGACAAGACAGCUUUCACUAUGUUUUAACACAGAUUCUGACAUAUAAACUCAAUGUCAACAUGGGAUUGCUUUUCUUUAGCUGCUUUUAACACAACUAAAUUCAUGAGUUGUUUCCUAACACUGGUGCUGCCGUGAAAAAGAAGAACUCCAAGACGUGCAUCUCAGAGAUUCUCCUGACCCCAGGAUCAGGUGAUCCUGGAAGAAGAAAAAAAUUAUAUUUCAUAUUUGAAUGAGCGGGCACCCGCAGGUCAGAAAAUACAUAAUUGAUGAGAAAAAUAUCAAGCAGUGUUUCCAUAAUUUAUCAGUGGAAGUCUUCUGAAAUGAAUACAAUUAGUGUUGAGGUCAAGGCAUGUGCUAUUGAACACCGCCUUUCAAACACUGGGGGCUUGAAAACAGACAGAGACAGAAUAAGAAGGAAUUCAACAUCCUCAGUUUGUAAGUGAGAAUAAUAUGAAUUGAUUAAUGACACGGGGUCAAAAAAUAAAACUGUUAAGUUUACAGUUGUGCUAGGAAUGAUACAUUAGGUGAUAAUGAAUUUAUUAACAUUGAUGUAAGCCUCACUUUGGCUCUAAAAGCUACAUAAAAUCAAUGACUUAGACUAAGUAAUGACUUAGUAAGACUAGGUAAGGUAUAAGGUAUGUAAAAAUUUAAUGUAAGAAACACAGAGUACAGUGACCCCUCGAGAUACAAGCAUAAUCCGUUCCAGGACCGAGCUCCUAUCUCAAAUCACUUUUCCCAUAAGAAAUAACAGGAAAGAAAAUGAAUCGUUCCGGCCUUCUAAAAAACUCCAUCCAUUAGUGCUAAUAACAACGGAAAAAACAUGUUUUUAAUUGCUAUAGGGACAUACACAGACACAAAAAAUAGUAUAUUAGGA